AUGCUGACAAAGAAUUUUCAAAAAUUUAUUACAUCCACCCCUAUACUCACAAAGUCCUCAUACCACCUCUACGAAGGUAGACGGCAUAGACGUUACAUACCCGUGUAUUUGCCCAUUAUCAAACCUAGGAAAAUUAAACGAGAGGCACUAAAGGCCACUCAAAAAUCAAAAUACACGUCUAGGGAAAUCUCAGAAACUAUAUGCAACAAGUCAAACGAUAUUGAACCAAAUAACCAACAGUGCAACAUAACCUACUUUACACCUGGGAAAGCACUAGAGUUACUAAGGUUAUUCCACAAAAGUUUGCCCGUGGAUGAACAAUCGCAGACUGGUUACGUAGCUUUGAAUAUGGUAUUGAAAGUAGACACAAGUAGAACUUCCAUUAGGGGUUCUGUGCUGAUGCCACAUCCAAUAGGAACAGUGCCAAAAGUGUUAGCAAUUUGUGAUCCAGCUGAUGAAAAGUUGGCAAUUAGCAAUGGAGCAAAAUAUGCGGGGUUGGAUAUUUAUAUCGAUAAAAUAGCCUCUGGCUGGCUGGAUUUUGACCGUCUAGUAUGCACUCCUCAGUAUAUGCCCAAACUACUGCGUGUUGCUCGAAUUCUAGGCCCAGCCAAACUAAUGCCUACUUUUAAAUCGGGGACAUUAGUCACAAAUCUCACUGAAGCUUUGCAAAUUUUAACAUCAUCCAAUUCUUUGCAGUACAGAGCUGAAAAUGUUGACACCGGUAACUUAGCUUCUAUCGGUCUGCCAAAUAGUCCUCAUGGAGAGCUAACUGUGUCUAUUGGCAUGCUGAGUCAUAGUGAUAUGAUGUUAUUGGAAAACAUCGCGUUUUUGGUCAAAGAGGUAGCUAAAAAACGCCCCGUUGAGAACAUAAGAAAGAGUAACUCAACUAAUUUUCUUGAUUGGCCACCAACCAACUUCAUAUCCCCUAGACAGAAAGAAUCUCGGCAUACUAAAUUGGAAAGGUACAUCAAAUUGUUGGAAUUGAGCAGUGAUAAGAGUGUGGAUUUGAGUACAUUUUUUGUAUCAUCGUCACUACGGAUUCCUGGCACGCCAAUACCGCCUGUAUACACUAGAGUUAUCUAA